AUGUCCGCCCUGCUCUACAAGGAACAGCUUGGCUUAUUCGAGAGGAACGGCGGCAAGGCGUCAUGGGGCAAUGUGUAUCGAGUGGCAACACCGGCGCCGGCAGCAGCGAUACCGAAAGGUCUGACGCUCGCUGUCAAACUCCUGGCUGUCAGAGAGUCUGCGAUCCGGGGUCCAGGUCACGAUACUGCGCUCAACACGCCGCCUGUAGACGGCAGGGAUGUGCGAGGCCUCGAUACCGCAAGGGCCCAUAUUGUCAGGAACACCUGUGUAAGUGUUCCACCAGACCCUUUCGGCCCCUCGACAACGUACGAGUUCUCCCUGACUCCAGGUCCAGAUACGUGUCGAGUAUCCAGAUGCUCCAACAACCAGGUCAGACUUCACGAUGCCCGGUUCACCAAUCAUCUCUGCUGGGACCACCAACCCACCGAGGUCCAGGACGCAUACCUGCUCGGGUAUCUGUUUGGGGAGCAAGAUGUUCACGCGGCAAACGCGAACGAUCAUCAGCAACAACGCAGCCGGCGCCGGCGUUCUCGCAAGAAGCCAAAGUCCACUUCAGCUGCAACAGAACCAGCAACCGCAGCCGGACCCCAGGAACAGGCGUCCGAAGAACCCUCAUCGAGUUCAGAGGAUGAUGAUAUCGUGGUCGUUGCCCAUCAGCUUUCCACGAUAGGGGAGGAACCAGAAAGAGACGACGUCACGCGUCCGACACGGAAGCCUCGACAGGAGAACCCAGAAACGGAGCCGGGAACACCGACUGCGCGUCGCAGCCAGAAGACGGUUCACUUCGCGGAGCCUCCCCCUCGGGCCUCCGCCGCCGCCGAGACCCCCUCUGUUAAGACGACGGCGGAUGCCUGGGUCGCUGAACCCUUUUCCUCGUCGGCGGCAGCCCGCCUCCGAACCUCGCAUCACCGGCGAAGCCUAGAUGGCCGGUCCGGGACACGGUCGUCGCCCAAGACCUCUGGCAGUCUCGCUGCCCCGGCUGCGCUUAGCCGCGAGAGGCGCCACAGCACCGGCAGCGCCCCAAAGUCAGCCGAUGUCAAGCGGGCUACGAGAACAAGGGCCAGUCGCUGA